CCCUGCGCAGCGGCGCGCCCCUCAGAGUCGCGCGGCGACCAAUGAAACCAUGGAUGCAGCCGAUGGCAUCGAGCACCGCCCCGCCGGCGGCGCCCGGGAUCGGCGAGGAGUGCGGCGACUUCAAGCGCGGCGCCUGCUUCCGUGCGUCGUGCAAGUUCUUGCACGGCGGGAAGCCCGCCUCCGAGGCGGCGAGUGCCGUCGCGAACGCCAACGGCGGCGCCGCUGGCCUGCCCACGCCGCGUGCGGCCGGUAGUUUUGUCGCUCCCGACGGCCUCGAUGUCAAGCUCUUCGACCCGACCACAGGCUUUGGUCUCUUUGGCACGCCCGUGUGGGGCACCCGAUACGGCUCGACGCAGCCGCUGCAAAAGAUUGAAAACGUGCGGCCGCUCUGCAUGGACUUCUUCAAGUCGGGCUUCUGCAACCGGAAGGGCCCGCACAACCAGGGCUGCCUCUUCCGCCACGACGAGAUCGAGGGCAAGGGCAAGAUCGAGGUGCCGAGCGCCUUUGACAAGGAGUCGACGUGGGAGGUGGACCGGUUCGGGCUCGAGGCGACGGGGCGGCUGCGCCCCGCCGGCGCCGGCUCCACCUCGCUGCAGGAGUUGACCCAGGCGGCGGCGGAGUACGCGGCUCGGCGCAAGGCGCAGCUCGAGGCGGAGGAGAAGGCGGCCGCGGACGCCGCUGCGGCGGCUGAGCGGGCGGCGGCGGCGGCGGCGGCGGCGGCAGCUGCGGCACCAGCGAGCAGCGCGCCUCUUCCCGAGGGGUGGAGGGAGGCCAAGGCUCCGGACGGGCGGACCUAUUACUACCACGCGGCGACGAAGGAGACGAAGUGGACUCGGCCGACGGCAGCGCCGGGAGCGGCGCCGACGCCGCUUCCCGAGGGGUGGAAGGAGGCCAAGGCUCCGGACGGGCGGACCUAUUACUACCACGCGGCGACGAAGGAGACGAAGUGGACUCGGCCGACGGCGGCUGCGCCUGCGUCAGCACUUGCGUCAGCGCCUGCAGCGGCCACCAACGGCCACGGAGGCGCGAGCACGGCGGAAGCGGCGGACGAGCCCGCAGCCAAGCGCGCGAGGCCCGACGCGGGGGCUGACGCCUCCGAAUGAUGUUGAUGAGUCCGUUUUCGGCCUCCCUUUGGACACUUGUCGCCCUCCUACGCGCACGAAGACACACGAGACCACACGCGGUGCACGGGCACGCCCUGGCCGCGCGAUAGGCGUACAAAUCGUGUCUGGCCGCAUAGGUGAUAGGAGAAACACAGCAAGAGGUGGGGUCGGGUCGGCCCACGCAUGUCGUUGUCUUCAUAUAUGUUGCGUACAGUAUUCAGGUCCGGUGUU